CUGCUUGCCGUAGGUCAAACUCUGUUCAGUCCGUUCUGUCAUGGCUGCUCACCCCGGAAGCCACAUCAACCUGCCAAAAUAAUGUAACACCAACAGUCUCACACGAUUCUGUUCAGUCAGAUAUCAUGAAACUUGAUAGAGGCACUAAAAAUGUCCGUACUAAAUUAAAAUAUGUACAUUGCAGCCUUAUAUCCUAACUUAUUUCAGCACUUUAAUGUCAUGCUGUAUGGCUAUUUUGCAGGAGUCGUUUUAUCUUGAAGGUUGAAUAACUUGACUUCCGGCAAUAAUUUCGCCCAGCGGAUCGAUGGCUGCCUCCGUGCUGUGUCGUCGCGUGCCGAGGCUACGCCACCUCCCAGCCUCCAGAAAGGACUUCACCCAGGCCCAGCUCGUACCUGUCAAACCGCACGACGAGAGGGGUGAUGACAAGGGCAAGAAAGAAGUAUUUCAACCCCAGGAAGUCUCUCCCCAAGGCGGAUACCGGCUGUAUUACAACCCCUCCUCGUAUCAUCCCUCCGCCAGGAACUCUGCAACCUCCCCGAGCCAAACGGAUAACGGUGAUGAUGAACCGCGUCUCUACGCUCAGGCGCCUUCCUUCUGGCAACAGGGCAAUCUCCACAGUGUGAGUUGUUCGCGGCACAUCUGCAGCUCAAAAGACCGACUUCGCGCCUUGGCGUUGGACAAAGGCUCUGAGCCUGAGAGGCCGCCCGUUUCCUCGUCCCACAAAAAAGCCACGCCGCCGGAUGUCAAAGUGGAUCCGCGUGCCUUCCUCAAGUGUCGGCCGGUUUAUGCCUCCAUGACCCUUGACCUCUCCCGGCGGCCUCGGCCUCAGAUCGGAUGGGAAGAGGCCAUGUCCCUGCUUCAAAAAGUGACCGUUUCAAAAGGCGCCAUGAAGCCGCCUGACGUGUCUCGGUUUCUUGUGGAGCUCAGCCGCUCGCACCCGGACAAUAUGACGUUGGUGAGGAGCGACCGGCGCUUCGUUGCGCUCCUUCAAGAUUCCGCGGAGCACCUUCGCCUCUUCACUCAGCUCCAGCUGCUGGAGGUGCUGCAGUCCUUCGUGUGGCUGGACAUACCCUCCGCCCACACUGUGCUCGGGCAGUACGAGGCCGAGCUGAGCCGCCGGGCCGACCAGAUGAGUUUACACCAGUUGCUGUUCGCUGCGGACUUGUGGCGUUGUAUUGGCCGGCAGGUUCCGGAGUUCUUGCAGCACCUCUAUGAAUCCGUCUGCCUGAAUCUUGGACAGAUCGGCGUCCCUGAGCUUGUGCAACUGCUGUAUAUAAUGGGAGAGAGUAGGCAGUGCUCAAGAAAGCUGAUAGCUCCCGUGGAGAAGCUUCUCAUGCGUCACGUACAGCAACUUUACCCUGAGGAAGUUGGUGCUGUGUGCCUGGGGCUAUUUAAAUCCCAGACCUCCAUAUCCGAGGGGGCAGUGACCCGCAUUAUUGAUAAGGCGCACUCCCUCGUUGGGGAGAUGAGCGACUUUGCCAUGGUGAACGUGCUGAAAUACCUGCGCUUCAGCUACCUGUAUCACACAGCGUGGCUGGACGCCAUAGGGCGGGAGGUUCCUGGACGGGCCCACGCGAUGGGUGUCCAGGGGCUGAUGCACGUGGCGCUGGCCUGCUCGGCGCUGCAUUACCACAAUGACAGCAUCCUGUUGGCGAUCGCUGAGAGAGUUCCCUCGCUGGUGCCGCACUGCAGGAGCAAAGACGCCUGCAAACUGCUGUGGUCCUUCGGCACGUUAGGGUUCCUCCCGGCUCGGAGCCCAAGCUUCUAUCCGAGCCUCACAGACGCCCUGAGGAGGAAGAGAGCUGAGUUCCAACGAUACCCAGAACAUCUGCUCACUGGGCUUCUAGGCCUGGCCUUUGUUUCUCAGUUUCCAGAGGACCUAAUUGAGUUUGCUUUGAGUCCCCACUUUGUCCGCCUAGCACUGAAAUCCACACAGAUGGAGCUGAAAAAAGACCUUUUUACUUUAGAUGGAGCGGUGGCCCUGGAGUUGCCUCGGCGGAGUGGUCCGCGGCUGAGCCGUGAGCUGAGGGAGGAGGUGAAGGAAAUGCUGUGGAAGUUUGCUCAAUCGGACCUGUGCCUGAAACCAGAGGUCCGGGAGGCGGAGUCCGCCUUGCAGGAUCUUCUGGGAGGAGAGCAGUUCGUAGUUAAGAGAAUGAUUCUCCCCCACACUCGCUCCAUCGACCUCGAAGUACAUUUCAACUCCAGCGGACAGCCGAUCCCUGUGAACGCAGCAUCGCACACGGCCACGUUACCUCAGGAUGACCGUGCUUCCAGAAACCCUUCUCAUCAGGGCUGGGAGAGAAUGAAUUUAGGAGUAACUAUAACCGAGCAACUUCUAGCACAGCUAACCAGUACAACAAAACCCACCGAUCCUUUAACCCCUACUGCUACGGUGAAGCCCCCACCCGUCCACGGGUUGAGGUCGGUUGAAGGCGGGAGACUGUUUGACACGGGGUUAGACCUGACCGCCGACAUCAUAAAAUCUCUCGCCAAACCCUGCGGCCGAGACUCGGCCCCUCGGGACUCGAAAGGCACGGUCAAACUCGCGAUCCAGGUUUCCAGCAGGAACCACUAUUGCUACCGUUCACAACAGAUGUUGGGCCUUCCCGCCAUGAAGAGGAGGCAGUUGAAGUUGGCGGGCUACAGGGUUGUGGAGCUUAGCCAUCAGGAGUGGCUGCCGCUGCUGAGGAAAAGCCGGGCUGAGAAGCUGGCACAUCUGCACUGCAAAAUCUACAACAGCCUGUAAUGACUCUAAUGAAUGAAUAUAUGUUGAGUUGAAAGAAGCAUUGCUUCAGGAUUAUUGUUCAAAGGCAAAUAAAAAAAAACCCAACACACAUUCAACUCCUCCUGUCCUACGGUAUCACUUCAUACAAUUUAUAUAUUUCCUCUCCUGGUCCGGCAAUAUUUAGCUAAUGGCUUCCAGGGUCUGUGGCUGAGCUAAAAUCAAGUUAAGCUAGUUAAUCAAACUUACCUCCACGGCAUCUGACCUGAUUUGUUCAGCUGAUUUGAUCUUAACAGAUUUCUCUCUUUCUCUUCUUUUUUUGACUGCUCAUGAACCAUAGAAUCUGUUCCAAUUUGAUAUAGACCGGGAUAAAAUCCAUUGCAAUUUAAUACCAAAGGGGAGGGUAAUUUAUUACCUAGUGAAUGAUCACAGUUAGAGUGACGCAUCAGUGGAUCUUGGACCUCUGACAGACUUCUGCUGGCUCAGCUAAAUUGCUCCUGUUGAGGUGAAUGUUUUAUUGAGGUUAUUUUAGUUGCAUUUAUUUGUCUUCCAACAAUGUUUUUGGAACUGGGUGUCUUGAACAGCUCUCUAUGAAGUCAUAUAUAUUUUCAUGGCGGGGUUGUUUCAAAGUCAAUGGUAGUUUAAGAUUAGCUUUUUACAAUCAAGAUAAACCUUAGAGAACUGGAGAUGGAUUGGCGAUGUUUAUUAAGGCUGUUAAUAUUGUACAAAGUGUCUAGAACUCCCUCUGCCCCCUCCCUGAUUUCUCACAAGCCAGACACAUUGACUCUUUAGCGUCUAUCACUAUUAUAUUAUGCAAUACUACUAGUAUUGUCCUGUGCAAAUACCCCAGUGAAAGGCUCAACAUGUAUUACAUGUUAAAGGCUCCCUGCAAACGGAAUAUAUAACAGCAUUGAAGACGGUA